AUGAAAAGGAGGGCUCCUAGUAUCUCGAAUGUUGCAAAUCUAAAUUAGUAUUCAAACUAAAUUUUAAGCUUUAUAGAGAUGUUUUUCUACGUUUUCAGUACUGUAACUAUAGUAAUAACUAUGGUUGAUUUGCUUUAGCAAAAUAAUAAAUAUCUAUAUUAUGGCGUGACUAUAUUCGUUCUUUAUAUGUUAUAAGGAUUCUAUGGCUUUAUCAAUCAAGACCUAGACAAAAUUCAUAGUCCUAAAUUCUCAUUAUUUCUGAAGUUAUUUUUUUUAGAGCACUUUUCCUUAAUUUACACACGUAGAAACUCAUUAAAUAAUUAAAUUUCUAACGAAAUAUACUCUUCCGCAACCAGUUCUUCAUUUUUUCAAGGAAGAAUACUUAGUGUUGUAUGCAUUUAUUUAUUAUCAUUUUAUGGUCUUUAGAGCAAUAAUUUAGACAUUAUAUACUAGCUAUCAAUAGCAGCCACUUCUCUGAAUGUAGGAUUAUAUAACCCACAGUUUUUCAUGAGAGAAGACACAUGUCCAGAGGAUUUAUUUCAUUAUACUAUUGAAGUAUAUUCUAGAUCGGCUUUUUAUUCUGUUCUGUUCCUAGUUUAAAAAGAUGAUGGGGACUAUCAUUAUUAAACUACUUAAACAAUUAUAGAUUUCUUUAUAACGUUCCUUAUAAUAGGAUUUUCAAUAACAGUAUUGUAGCUUCUAUAUAAUUUGAUAAUAAAAAGACUUCCUGUCUUAGAUAGCUUUGUUGGAUCAGGACAUCUAUUUAUAAAUUGCAUUUAUUUGAGGUAUCCUUCAAACAUAGCUGUGCAAAAACAUAAAUUGCUUUUUAUGAAAAACUCUUCAUACGUAAUUAAUCCUUAGAUAGUUGUUCUAAGCGCUCUACAUCGCCUAGCAGAAUGCUUUGGAUUUUUUUACAUGUAUUAUAAAUAUUUAGAUUUAUCACCGAAUCAAUCAAGUGCUAUUAAUACUCAAAUUCGUAUUUCUUAGGUCUCAUCUGCAAUUUAUACUUAUAUUCUUUCAUUUUAAAUUUUAUAUGUUAUUGUCGCUGCAUGUACGAAUCUAAGGGACUCUGCUGAUAUUAACGAAACGACUAUCAUUAAUGGAGCUGCAACCACAUCAAAAAGCCCAGAACAAACAAAAAAUAAUGGACUAACUACUCGCUGCUAAUAAAUAUCAAUAAAUAAUAAAGAUAAUAGUAAUGACAAUACUUUAGUUCCUAUCUAUGAAAACGAUAGAACAGAUAAAGGGACUAAAGAAACAUAAAGAGUAAUAACAUAAUUUAAUAAUAAUAGCAACAAUGUUACAAAUAAUACUGAAAAAAUACCAAAAAUAAAAAAUAAUUAAAAAAAGCUUUCUAUGUUUGGUUAAAUUAGUGUUCAAGGCAAUUCUCCAACUUCUACAGACAAUGGCACUUUUAUUUUUUAACAAGACUUUGAAGAAAAUUAAGGAUUUUAAGCCUUGAAAAUCUUCAGUCCUAUCAUUACUAAAAAAGUAAACUUUUCCUUACAAUAAAUAUCUUGA